AUGGCGGCUUUUUCCCCCUACAUGGAGCCAGCAUUCAGUGUGCCGAAUCUGGUGUCUAAACCAUUUUAUUUAGGGAUUUCGACAGCUCCUGCAUCAGAGAAGCUCCCAGUUAUGUACCUUAUGGAUUCCAUUGUCAAGAAUGUGGGAAGAGAGUAUCUUACUGCAUUUACUAAAAACCUAGUUGCAACAUUUAUUUGUGUAUUUGAAAAGGUGGAUGAAAAUACUAGGAAAAGUUUAUUUAAGUUACGCUCCACAUGGGAUGAUAUUUUUCCUUUGAAGAAACUGUAUGCACUUGAUGUCAGAGUCAACUCAUUAGAUCCUGCUUGGCCAAUUAAACCUCUACCCCCAAAUGUGAAUACUUCUAGCAUCCAUGUGAAUCCUAAGUUUUUAAAUAAAUCGACAGAGGAAUCUACUGCACCUACCUCUGCUGUCACUUCUGGUGCCUCUACUCCUCCAGCUGUUCCUGAAAUACAAAAGAAUUUGACACAGGAGCAACUGAUAAGGCAGCAAUUGCUUGCAAAGCAAAAGCAGUUGUUAGAACUUCAGCAAAAGAAAUUAGAGCUGGAGCUGGAACAGACUAAAGCACAGUUGGCUGUAUCUCUUAGUGUUCAGCAAGGAUCAUCUACUAUAGCUUCAGUUCCAGCACCUUCCAAGCAACAUAUAUCUCCCACACCUCAUAUGACAGUUAAACCACCUCAUCAGACUGCUGUGCAAUCCGAAAAAAGCAAACCAUCCCCAAGUCCUCCACUUCAUGAUAUCAAAAUAGUAAACAGGGAUCCUCGACUUAAUAGGGUGUCUCAACAUUCUUCUCAUGCUAAAGAUCAGUCUCAUAGGAAGGAGUUUCCAUCGAACACAACCAGUCAGUCUGAAACCAAGGCAAACAAAACCUCACAGGCUGAAAAACAAAACUCAUCAAAGCAAGAAAAACUGAAAGCAAGUGAAAAAACACAGAAGAAAGAACUUGACCAGUCAGAAGCAAAGUCUAAAUCGCCAUCCCCUUUGAAAAAUAAGCUACCUAAUACUAAAGAUACUAAAACCCAGGAAUCUGAAGGCACAAAAGUAUCUGAAAUUAGUAAGCGAGAUCCAAGACUGAAAAGACAUCUUCAAGAUAAAUCAGAGGGCAAGGAGGAGGAGGGGAAAGAAAAGAGGAGAAAUACAGAGAAAAAAGAAAAAGAUGAACAUAAGACAAGUGAACAUAGACCAGCAGGCAGCAGAAGUAAAGUAAUUAAUGGUGCUGUUCAGAAACAAGAGACGGCUACAGAGGAGUCAGAAAAACAGAGUGGAAAACAGGGGAGGUCAAGUAGCAGAAAACGGUCACGGUCACGCUCUCCUAAGGCACGGUCACCAUCUACACAUUCUCCAAAAAGACGAGAGAGGAGAUCACCCAAAAGAAGACUUAGGAGUUUGUCUCCCACUUCAUCAACUCCUAAAACUGGAAAGAUACGUCAGACAGGUCCUAAGCAAUCUCAUGUUGAAGAAGGCACACCAGCAACAAGAGAUGAAAGGAAUUCUAAUAAGAGAAGUGUUAAACAAGAGGUGCGGGAUCCAAGGAGAGUGAAAAAGGCCCAAGAGGACAGGCCCCAAGAGACAACAAGCCAGCAUUCUACAAAAGCUUCUCCUGAUCCAAAGGAGAAUGCAGAAAACUGGCAAGGAUCCAAAUCAGGCAAGAGGUGGAAAUCUGGUUGGGAAGAAAAUAAAAACUCACAGGAGAAUGAAGAACACCAAGCACUUGGUAAAUCCCCUCACCAAAGACACCGGGAAAACUGGCCUGCUGGUAAAGGAAUUUUAUCACCCCGAGCACCAAAGCAGCAGCACCGGUUAAGUGUGGAUGCUAACUUACAGAUUCCCAAAGAACUGACAUCUGCAAGCAAGAGAGAAUUACUUAAGAAGGCCAAUGAUCGCUUAACAUCUGGUGAAAUAACACAAGAUGAGUUCCUCAUGGUGGCUCACCAGAUCCGACAGCUGUUCCAGUAUCAGGAAGGAAAGCACAGAUGUAGUGUCUGGGAUAGCCCUACAGAGGAAAAAUGUGGUUUGAAAAAGAAACCUCUUCUGUCGGAUGCAGAAUUAACAUAUUAUGAACAUAAGGCUAAACUAAAAAGGACACAGGUUCAGCAUUCUUUGUCAAGGCUUGAUCUGUUGGAUCCUGAUGAUAUUUUGGAUUAUCACUUGCCUGAUGCGUUGCUUUCUGGAAUAGAGUGUGAGCAAGCGAAAGCCAAGCGUGGAGUACAGUUUGACAGAAAAGAACCGUUUGGAGAAAGAUCAAGGAGACACUCUCCUGUAAGUGGCACUAAAAGACCUUUUCCUGAUAACCUCUCACCACUUGAGAGUCGACGAAGACUUGAGGAGCAAAAUGCUGCUAAAGGAGCAAGAGGUUCCAAGACCUUUGAUCCUUAUGACAGCUGGGGAGAAUCGGAUGAAUUUAGAGAUGCUCUCAGACAACAGGGGAAAAGCACACCAGAGUUCCAGAAAAUAGAUGGAGAUGCAGUCUGCAGAUUCGAUAAUCGUGAAGACAGACAGCUUCUUGGGCAAGCUGGUGUUCGAGAGGAACCAAGAUCACCAUUCAGUGAACGUUUCAAAAGAGCUAGAUAUGAAGAUCCAGAGAAAGCACCGUUUCCAGAGAGUCCAGGAUCAAGAUUUGGAGGCAUUGAAGCAAAGCAGAGGAUAACUGCACUAAUGGAAGACAGACCUCUAUUUGAUGGCUCACCUAGACCGACUGCUGCAAGGGUUGGGGUGGAUGGACAAGGAAGUCCUUUUGCUGAUGGUCCUGCUGCUGGUUCAGGUUCCAGAAUUGAUGGACCACCUGGACAGGCUGCUAUGAGAUUUGAGGGGCCUUUGGUGGGGGCAGGUGCAUUGCAGUUUGAUGGGCCGCUAGCAGGAGCAGGGGGAGCUGGAGCCCUAAGAUUUGAUGGGCCACCAGGGCAGCUGGCAGGGGCCUUGAGGUUUGAAGGACCCCCGGGACAGGUUGCUGGAGGCGGUCCACUGAGGUUUGAAGGACCUCUUGGGCAGAUAGGUGGGCCUUUGCGGUUCGAGGGGCCUGCAGGGCAGCCUGUAGGUGGUCCUAGGUUUGAAGGACCUGGAGUUGGUCUCAGGUUUGAGGGUCCUCGUGGCCAGCCUUCAGGUGGUCUCAGAUUUGAGGGACCUCAUGGUCAACCUCUGGGGCCUCGAGGUCAACCAGGGGGUGGUCUCAGGUUUGAGGGACCCCAUGGUCAGCCAUUGGGGCCCCAUGGUCAACCAGGAGGUGGCCUCAGGUUUGAGGGGCCACAUUUACAGCCAUUGGGGCCCCAUGGACCAUCAGGUGGUGGGCUCAGAUUUGAGGGGCCACAUGGACCAUCAGGUGGUGGACUGAGAUUGGAAGGACCACAUGGUCAACCAGGUGUAGGUCCUAGGUUGAUUGAUGGACCAGUACACCAGGGAGCUGGUGGACUUAGAUUUGAUGGUCCUCUGGGUCGUGCCGGUCCAAGAUUUGAUGGUUGUCACGCUGCUGGAUUUGAUGGUCAGCCUGGACAACUGUCUCUCCUGCAAAGAUUUGACGGAAUUCAUGGACAGCCUGGUCCAAGAUUUGAAAGAACGCCUGGACAACAGGCACAACCACGAUUUGAUACAGCCAUACCUCAGAGAUUUGAUGGACCUCACCAGCCAGCCUCUAGAUUUGACUUGCCCCUUGGCCUUCAAGGUGCACGUUUUGAAAAUGUAGCUAACCAUCCUGCCUCAAGACUGGAGAUGUCACCAUAUGGACAAGGUGGUCCGUUUGUCGACCAUCCCGGCCAGGGCUACAACGGGCCAUCUCACGGGAUGCAGUUCCAGAGGCCUGAUAUAUACGAUGGUUCACCCGGACCAAAUUUCAAUGGGCCCGCUGGCCCAGGAGCACAGAACUUCCCAUUGAGAGCAGCUGGACAUUACUUUGAUGAAAAAGGUCUUCAGGGUCCUCAGUAUGGGAACUUCAAUAAUCUGCCCAUGGGAAGCAAUCAGGUUUCUCUUAUGUCUGGUCAACCAGGGCCUUACGGCCAAGGUCAACAAUAUUUGCCAAAUCCUGGAAGUUUUGUUCAAAACCCUGCAG